AGUUUUUUUGGCUCAAGGAUUGCCGGAGAGGGGGCGGAUGAAGGGCGGCCCUUGAUGGACCCAGAUUUGGAGUCCCCUUCGGAGGCAAUUGCUGCGCUGAUUCCAGCUACAGUUGAUGACAGAGCGGAGCAGUGAAGAUGUCAUUGUGAGAUCUUUGGCUGCGCAGCCGCUUUUCCGGGGAUGCGACCUUGAACUGCUCAAGCGACUUGCUGCAAAGGCGUUCAACUGGACACCUGGAAGGGGCCAUGAGAUACCCAUGCGAGAUGAAAUGCCCUUGAUGAUUGUCUUGUCUGGUGCUCUGUACAUGUGCAUUGGAGGAGGUCCUGCAGCGCUGGCGUCCCGGGGCACGGUGGUGGGAUUCGUGGGGCUGCUGAGACUCCAUGGGGCCGUUGCCAGGACUCCUUCCAAAUCCAGUUUAUCGGUCUUGGAUGUGUUGCAGGAAUCGGAAGAUGCAGAUGUUGAGCCUGAGCACGAAUUUGAGCUACCAGAUCAGAGCGAUUACUCCAAGCAGAUGGUGCUGGACUGCAUUCGCAACUUGUGCCCCCACACGGUUGUGUUGACUGAAAAGCUCGCGGCCCCACUUCGCAUGGAGAUGGUUGACGCUUUGACAAAUGAAAGGCAGCUCCUUCAAACAGAGGAAUCACAGACUGGCUGCUGCACUCUGGCAUGCAUCUCACUGGAUAAGAUGUUUGACGUGUUUGCCGGGUCGCCAUCAUUGUCAAUCUUCCAGGCUAAUGAAGCUGCAGCCCGUGGCAGAUUUGAAGCCCUGCUGGACCUGGGUGCCUUUCCAAAUCUUCCACUAGAAGUUGUUUGGGUGCUUGCCGCCUUCGGCGAUGACGCGCUCUAUCAAGCUGGAGAAACGAUUGUCAGAGAAGGGGACCCUGGAGUGUCUGAGUCUUUGCUCAUUCUGGCCAGCGGGUCUGCAGAUGUGCACAAAGUCAUGUUUGCUAGCGAGAUCCUGGAAGCCAAGAGUUUCAAGAUUGGAAAGCUGAGUCCAGGCUGCAUCAUUGGCGAUGCCUGCUUUAUCGACUCCAGGGUAUCGCGCCCGGCUUCAGUUAUCGCAAGCGAAGCUUCGCAAGUGAUCAGCAUACCUGCAAGGGCCUUUCUGGAGACCAUGGCCUCCUACCCCGGCAUGGCAUCCAUCUAUCUGUCUCGGACGCGGGACACAUCCAUGGUGCUGCAAAAUAGUUUGACAAGGCCUGCUGAUGUGCUCGCUGGCAUGCGGCUCUUUCACGGCUUGAAUGCAUCGUUUAUUCGGUCUCUUGCCAACAUCACUGAGCGCAAGAUGAACUUCUUGGGGGAUGUGUUCAAGGAGCAGGGCAGCACAGACCGCACGCUUCGAUUGCUGGAGUUUGGAAAGGUGCGCGUCGAGAUAGAGAACCGAGGCUGCGUGGCGAUGACUGAAGUGGGCCAAGUGCUUGGGGAGAACAUGUUCCUUGGAAAGCGCGCAGUAUCCCAGGCGACCUUUCGCGUGGCGACGCCCCUGGCCGUGAUGCUGUGGAUUGCGCACCAUUCCUUCGAGAAUAUCAUUGACGCAUAUCCCUCGGAAGCUGCCCACUUUCGCGCCAUUGAGACAGACAAUGGCACGGAGGACAUGAGCCACCACGCCAUGGACCUGAAGCUCUUCCAAGGCUGUGGCCGCAGCUUCAUCCAGAGCAUUGCAAAGUGCAUCAGCCGGCGAGCGUACAAGCCGGGGCAGACCAUUGUUGUUCAGAAGGCGGUAGACGAAGGAUCACUGUUCAUUGUCUCCGCUGGGAAAGCAGCUGUGGUGAUCAACAGUCAGACGCAACAGGAGCUGUCCACCGGCGACGUAUUUGGCGAGCUUGCCCUCCUUGGCUUGGUGCAGAGAAGGGCAGCGACCGUGUCUGCCAUCACCUACUGCAUAUGCUUGGAGAUGCCACGGCCAGCUUUCUUGAAAGCCUUGGACAGUCAUCCCGAGGAGACAGACCAUUUCGAGCAGCUCACGCGCCUCCACGCGGUGCAGGUGGCCUCUGAGAGCGGCACCUGGCCUUUUCUGGCCAAGGCGUCCGACCGGCUGCUCUACUAUGUCAACCUCCAUGCCACUCGCGAGAGUACCCCGCCUGGCGAGUGGAUCACGCGAGAAGGCGCUCCGCUGCCCAUCGACUUGGCGUUUCUCAUCGUGUCAGGUGAGAUUUACAUCACGGAGGAGAACGGCCAUCGUACAUUGAUGCCUGAAGGGAGUUGCUUCGGGGAGCACAUCUUGAUUGGGCUGGCGGCGGGUGUGACGGCCAUCGAGCCCAAGACGGCCUGCGAGCUGCAGAUGAUGAGCCGCGGAGUCUUUGAAAAGGUUCUGGCAGAGUGCCCUGACGAGCGCGACAGCUGCAUCCAGGGUGUGCUGGAUGAAAUGGCAAUGAAGGCCGAGCAGAAGCUGGGCAUAACGAGAGGUGCUCCGGACGUCUUGAAGUUCAGCGCCUUCUUCCGGGCAGCCGACCAGGACUUCGCCAGGCAGAUGCGCCCAAGAAUGUAUGCCUUGCUCUUCAAGGCCGGCGACUUCAUUGUGCGUGAGAGGGACUAUGCCACCAACAUGUACAUUGUCGUCAGGGGCAGUGCGGAAGUCAAAUGCGGAGACACCACCGUGAUGCGCUUCAAAGCAGGAAAUGCAAUUUCUGAAGCUUCCGUUCUGGGUGCGUGCACCUUCCAUCCGUAUGCAGUGCAGGCUUCCAGCCUGUGCCUGCUUUUGGCCUUGACGCGCGAUGACUUUGAGGAGGUUCUCGAGAGAUUCCCCAAGGAGGACACAGUGUUUCAAGAGUUGCUGGCUGAUGAGGAGGACAUUUUAUUGCGGCUGCCACGCGUGCUGAAGAUCCACCACCCCUUGUUUGCGUCAUCAAGCAUCGACUUCUUGAAGGUUGCCUGCGAAUUUGCUGACGAGGUCUUCUUUGCACCUGGUGAAGAGAUCAUCGCCUUUGGCGAAAGCUGCAGUCUUGGGCAAACCGAAAUGUACCUUUUGGUGGCGGGAAAUGCAUUGGUGAUUCUCGCUCAUGGCGAUGUAGUGGCCACCAUCAAGUCAGGUAACAUUGUUGGAGAAGGAGGUGCGCUCGGCAUCGCCAACAAGCGGUCAACGAAGAUUGGUGCAUGGAAGGCAGGAAUGGUUCGGCUUAUCCGCUUGCAGGGGCCUUCCAUUGGCAAGGCAGUGGAAAAGCAUCCAGAAGACUGCGAGGCGUUGAAGAGGCAGUUUGACGAGCGUUCGCAGAAAAACGCAGAGGCCGAGGCUUUGCGCAAGGAGUGGAUCACCAAAUCGGUGAUCCCGCUCCUCCAGCACUGUGAACUGUUCAACGGCUUCUCCAGAAAGUUGGUCGCCAAGAUUGCAGCGCCACUCCUCAAGAUCAAGUUUGCUGCUGGUCAGAAUUUGUGCAACCUCGGGGAUGCCGCUGACUCUUUGAUCUUGAUCAUUGAUGGUGACGCCGAAGCCAAAGCGAAGGACGGGAAAGUGGUUUCCCCGCUUUCCACUGGAGCAGUCACCGGAGAGUUGGCCAUCCUUGGGCUUUUCCCCUACCGCACGGCCACGGUGACUGCUUUGCGUCCAACGGACACUGUGAUCGUGACACCCUUCAUUCUUCGAGGGGUCUUGCAGACGUCAGAGGCAGCCAAGAAGCAUCUAGAUAAGCUGGCGGCAGAGAAGCUGACACAGGUCGAGCGAGGCUCUCCAAUGUUGUCCUUGCCCUUGGGAGCACCCAGCGACGACCUUCUGGUGCGUUCAAUUGCGCUGCACUCGACUCGGUACGUUCUCACAGCGGGGGAAGCUUGGCAGCCGCCCGGGAACGCAGCGGCCAGCGGCGAUCACUAUUGGGUCUUCACCCGGGGGCGUGCGGUGUUGCUCAUGGGCCCAUCGGACCACCCCAUGAACCCCAUCCAGACGCUGGGCGCGGGAGCCACCGGGGUCCUCUCAGAGAUGCUGUGCCUGAAGUAUGACGCCAGGAUUGUGGCAGUGACUGCUGUGGAGGCCUAUCGUGUGAGUUCUAUGGACAUUCGCCUUGCGAGCACCUCUGUCAAGAUACUGCCCUGCUGGUUUCUUCUUUUCCGGGGCCUCGAGCGGGAAACCCUUCACACAUUGGGCCUGAAGCUGAUGCGUGCCAAAGCGGUCAUCGACAUGACGCUGCCCAAGGUGCAGCUGAAGCCAUUGAAAAAGAGCAGGAGUAGCCCAACGAUGGCGAGUGACAGACAGCAGGCGAAGCCGCAGGAGGAGGCUGAGACGACCGUCUUCUCGAGCACGCCAAAGAGCCAGCUGGGCGAUUCAAUGCGUUCGCUAAAGAGUGCCUCACAGGCCUCAUCAUUCUCCUCCUAUCCCACGCGUGGCGGGCUUCAGGAGCCUCGAAAGCCGGGCGUUCGGCUUCGGCCCAUCUCUGCGAGUCGGCGAAAGGACCCAUGAGAUGGGAGCGCGGAACUCUUCUUGCAGCAUCUCCAAGAAGGAACGUGACUCUGACUCGGUUUGCAUUCAGAACUGUAGAGCUGAGGAAUUGCAAUGAUAGUUUAGUGGCGAUGUGUGCCAGAUGGCACUUCAAUUCAAAGCAUGCAGGACGCAGAUUCUCUCAGAGAUUUGACAUGCCGAUGCCAAGCAGUCGGCUGGUCUCACGAAAUUGGACCUGCACUGGGGUGCGGGUGUGUUGUUGCAGGUAUGUUGCAGGUCUCUUGUAUGCUGCCUCUGUGAAUAUUGUUUGGCGAAUGUCAAGCAUUGCGCAGAGCAACCGUAACGGCGGUAGGCCAGUCAGAGUGAUGUGGCCAGGGAUUUUGC